AUGCCCAUCUGGAUGGUGCCCAGCCCGCAGGCAGGGCCGCUCCAGCGUCUGCACCGCAUUCAAAAGCAGCCCCGAGGGAAAGCCCCGGCGGGGCGCAUUUACAUGAGCAGGAAAGGGGCCGUGCCCCGAGCAGCAGCGCUGCUGUUUUUAGGUGCCGGGGCAGCGGGAGCAGCCGCCGCGUUUGCAGAAGCGGAGUGGCCACAAAGGGCCCAGGACACGUCCACCCCAUGGGGACAUCCUCGUGGGCUCCUGGCCGUGCUCUCAGGGCCCCUCUCCUGUCUUUCAGGUGGGACCUCAGYGGAGAACAACACCUCGAGCAGCACAGGUGGCAGCUGUCCCCCGGUGCACCAGCAGCCGCGCUAYAUGGCUGUCAGGAAGAACAUGCCCGUGUCGUUCAUCUGCCACUCGCCGGAGGCGGGGGACAUGCAGUGGUACCGCACAGCCGAGGACAGCGAGGAGCUCUGCGGGCUGGAGCGCAGCACGGCCGCCUACAGCAUCACCCGCAGCAACAGCUCCGUCAGCCUCACCCUGGCCAGGGCCACCUAUCGCGACAGCGGCAUCUACGUGUGCGACAGGAAGGGGCUGCGGAGCAAGGACAGGCUGCACUCRUGCGGCACCGAGCUGCGGGUCCUGGGUGAGGCCCCUCCCGUCCCCCCGCACCCCGGGACAUUCCCUUUCUGCUCCUCUCACCCUGUCCCCUACAAACAUCCCUCUUCCUCUCUGCAGGGUGAAGAGAAGAAAAGCCCCGAGGAGGACCACACCUAUGAGGGGCUGGAGGUGGAGCAGAUGGCCACCUACGAGGACAUCACUCCUUUCCGGGACGUGAAGGCCAAGUGGACAGUGGGGGAGCACCCAGGCGAAGAGUGAGGGGUCCUGCGCCCUCGGCCAGGCUCUGCCAGGACCCUGCCGGCCGCUGUGGGGACGGAUCCGCUGGAGCACGGCCAUGCCCGGACCCCGGAGCGCCACCCCGGGAUGCGAACAGCGGCACAGCCCGGCUCAGGGCCGGGACCCCCUGCCCGGGGGGGCUGACACGGCCGGGCUGUGUCCCCGAGGCUGCCCCGCCUCGGCURUCGCUGUCCCUGCCCCGCUGACCAACCCCUGAAGCCUCUGUAAGAAUUAGGAACCCCCUGAUCCCUCCAGUAGUGAACUGACCCCACAGCCCGGGCAGCCCCACAGCCAGCGCUGACCYCCAGYCUGGYCAGUGCCCCGGGAAUGAGGGGUCUCCUCCAGCCCCAGGACAGCCCCACACCCAGUGCUGACCCCCAGUCUGGUCAGUGCCCCGGGAAUGAGGGGUCUCCUCCAGCCCCACACCCAGUGCUGA